GAUUUGCUUAGCCAUGUUGCAAAAAACAAGUACUCAGUAGACUGAAAGUAAUUUUUUAGGCAGUUGUUGAGGUUAGGGUUUCUGGCGUAACCUCUUGUCCUCAUGCACUUUUUCUGGGAGGAAAAAAUAAGAAAACGGGAGUAAAAUUCAGUCAUGUUAUUUCGCAGGUUGCUCUUAGGAGUGAAGCACAAGGUUCUUAUUCUCUGCUUUAAAGUGCAUCUUCACAUCUUCCCAGCAUUGUUGUAGUGUUCCAAGGUAAUCUUAUCUGGAAUCUUGGGAUUAACGACAUGGAAGAGGCCGAUGAUGCUUUUGGCUAACCUGUUUGUUCUGCUGUCUAUCAUCUGUGUUCUGCUGAACCUGGCUGGAUUUAUAUUGGGAUGUCAAGGCGUUCAGUUUGUGACCAGUGUACCCCGAUGCGAUUUGGUGGAUACGGGUGAAAACAAGAUUUGUUUCUGCUGUGAAGAGUUGCAUCUCACUAAGUGCACAGAAGAAGAGACUGCGCUGAGGCUAUACCACGUGAAGUCCUGUGGUGCUGCUCACCUUCUUCUCAAGAAAGUUCUCUUUGCUCUUUGUGCCCUGAAUGCUCUCACCACCACAGUUUGCUUGGUAGCGGCUGCCCUGCAUUACUUACAGAUUUUUGCAACAAGAAGAUCCUGCAUAGAUGAAUCUCAGAUUGAAGACCAAGAUCAUGUUUUGGAUCCUGAUGAUUUUGUCCCGCCUGUGCCACCUCCCUCCUAUUUUGCAACUUUUUAUUCUUGUACUCCACAAACAAGUUGCAGGAUGCUUGGCUCGGAUGUGAUUCCACUACCCCAUAUUUAUGGAGCCCGAAUCAAAGGCGUGGAAGUGUUCUGCCCUCUGGACCCACCUCCUCCUUAUGAAGCUGUGUGGAGCCAGAACAGCUCUGAGCAGGAAGAUGCGCUACAAAUAAGUGUUGUGGAAGUCAUUGAUUCGGGGGAAGUGAGUGACAGGCAGGCCUCUCAAGGUGAAGAAAUUCCUGAGUCCUCCAGCAGAGUGAGCCUUUCACCCUCAGAUGCAAGCCCGGUGCCUGCAGAAGGAGUGUGCAGGAGAGCCUUCAGUCCUUUGCGGAAACGGUCUAAAAGUGACCCUGCACUGCACAGCCAUUUGCUUCAAGGGGCCGUGCUCAGCUGUGAAGCUGCAACGCAGACUGAGGUGAGCCCACAGCUCUGCGCCGUCACCUUGCGGAAGAACGGGAGGGCAAGAGCUUUGAGGGGAAGACCCCGGUCUUUGAUAGACUACAAGUCUUACACAGACACCAGACGGCUCGUGGCGUGGAUCCUGGAGCAGUCCUCCUGCAGCAUGAGCCCUGACGUACACGAACUGGUGGAAAGCAUCAAGUCUGUUUUAAAAUCAGACGAGAAACACAUGGCGGAAGCCAUCACCAGUGCCACCUUCCUUGAGCAGGUGAUGACACCUGCCCAGCAAGCCACGUCAUCGAGGGCCCCUGUGUUACCUUUCAGACGGCGUCCUGGAUUGCUGCACCGGGAGAGCUGUGGUGACCUGAGUACUUUCACCACAGAUGAGGAUGAGCUGCCAGAGAGGAGGAUCCAGAGAGCAGAGCAUGAACGGCCCCACAGUCUUAUUGGUGUUGUCAGGGAGACUGUACUUUGAGCUGUUUUCUGUCUGUCUUUGAGCUGUUUUCUGUUUGUUCCUCAGCAGGGCACUUCUGUCAGUCAUAGAUGCUGCACAGGAACAGCAUCUCUGACCUGGGGAUAGAAGAGUGUGCCGAUAAUCCAUUUAUUUUUCUUUUUAUACCCUCAUGCUCAGACUCCUGAGGGGAAGCUUGCUCCAAAAGCCCGUGAAGCCGCUUGCAAGCCGGCCUGCACUGGGCUGCUCUGGUGGGACUGAUCUGUUUGUGGUGCGGUACUGAGCAUCGUGUCUCUGUAGCCCUCACCACUUCGGAUGGAUUUGCUUUUUUUUUUACUCAACUCACAAAAGAGAGGGCAGAAUGGCUUUACCAGGGUGAGGCAAGGACAGUUCUUGCAUGUGUGCACUUUGUAUGUCACUGGAGAACAGGGCCAGUGCCAAUGCCUGUGUUCAUCUGGUGUGUGUUACUGUAGCUCCACUGAUAUUUUUUUUUUCUUUCUUUUUUUUUUUUGUGUUUUUUUGCUGGCACAUAACAAGCACCACUACUAGGAAGUAAAUUGCUAUGUGCCAGCUGACAUCCAUGCUGGAAGCAUUUAUGCAGCCAUCUCCUCUUCAGACGUGCAGGUGACUACCAUACACUCUUUGUGGCUAGGAUGGCUAAGUAUUCCUGCUGCUAUUUUAAUGAUAAAGCUUCAUUUAAAAAUUAUUAAAGGGCCUUCCCACAAAAAACCAAAAAGCUUUAAAGGGACUUUUAAUUAAGCUUGUUCAGAAGUUGAAACUGUGCGGUGUGGUUUGACUCUAGUACUAAAGAUGAUAACUUGAAUAAUAAAAAUGCUUAUCCUUGCA